CUACCGUACCUUACCGUAGCAGAGAAGACGACCACCUCCAUACAGCCACAAUGAACUCCAUCCAACUGCUCGCAGCAGCGUUCGUGCUCGGCCUGGUCGGACUGACCAGCGGCCAGCUCGUCUCGCCCGGCAUCUGCCAGAACUUUCCGGUGCACGUGAACUUCGAUGUGCCGCGCUACCUUGGCCUGUGGUACGAGAUUCGCCGCUACGAGCAGGUGUUCCAGCGUGGUGGUGAGUGCGUUACCGCCGAGUACUCGCUGAACGACGAUGGCAGCGUGCGCGUCUUCAACUCGAUGCUGGUGCCGCCCGGUCAGGUCCGCCAGUCCGAUGUGGGCCGUGCCGUGGUUGCCUUCCCCGAUGAGUCGCCGCUGGAGGCCAAGCUGAACGUUACCUUCGAUGCGACUGCCACCGACAUCUCCGCCAACUACUGGGUGCUGGGUACGGACUACGACAGCUACGCCGUCGUGUGGGGCUGCUUCGGAGUGGGCACGACGCUGCGUGCCGAAAGUGCCUGGAUCCUGUCCCGCACGCCCACGCUGACGCCGCAGGCUGAGGCCGAGGUUCAGCGCUACGUCGACCUGUACCUGAGCGAGGAUGACCUUCGUCCGACCGUCCAGAACUUGGACUUCUGCUGCACGAUCGAUCCCGAAGUUACCGCUUACCCGCAGUGCCCAACACAGUAAGAAGGGCAUUUGGAUGGUUGAGCAAAAACAACAGAAUUUAUUCCAUGAAUAAGAAUCCCAUGUUUUAAUGCCGGAAGACAAUAAAAUGUAAUCUUUAGAUGAAGUAAAAUUUAAA